GAACUCGGCAGGAGGUGCCUUGCUGCCUCCGACUCUGUCUGUGAUGCAUGCACGCGGGGGUAUUUAGCCCGUGCUCUUGGCAGGCCCACGAAAAACGCCCGAGCGGGUUGUCGAAAAGACGGUCGAAAAGGGCGUUCGCGUCGUGGGCGGAAAGCCACAAGUCGUGGGAGUGGGCGACCUUGUCCUCACAACUUCCCCGAACGGGCAACCGCAUAAAAGGGACCGCCGCAAGAAACAUCGCAACCCCCGCGCAUAGAGUCGGUAAGCGAUCACCCUAUCCGCAACAAUGCCCACCUCCAACUCCCACCCUGGGGAAGAAGAGUCCCGCCCGCUCCUGCACUCGCCCACCAUCGCACGAGAACACCUCUACGCUCCUCGCAACAAGGGUGUCCUCAGGAGAGUCGCUGCUGCUGGGCUCGCGCUUGUCUUGAUUGCUGGCGUUGCUACCUCCGGGUUCUUUUUGGGGAGGCAGGUUCAUUCCGGGGAGGAUCCGAUCGACGCGACUUAUGUUAACUGGAAGCCAUGCCAGGAAAAGUUCUAUUGUGGAAAAUUGAGGGUGCCGUUGGACCAUAAGGACCCUGAAGGCGAGCAGAUCACGCUGGCUUUAAUCAAGCUUCCUGCGUCCAACAAGCCUUCUUUGGGCUCGUUGUUCGUCAACCCUGGUGGACCCGGAGGCAGCGGGGUGGAAUUCGUUCAAAGAGCGGGAGACGACCUGCACAAGAUCUACGACGGUCGCUACGACCUCGUCGGCUUCGACCCGCGCGGAAUUGGACAAAGCAACCCCGUCCGAUGCUUCCCAGACGCAAACACCCACCGUCUCUUCGAGUUACCUUCCCAACACAUUGACUUUGACGUUCCCGGAUCGUACGAAGCCGAUUUUGCCCGCGCUCAGGUUCUUGCUGGGCUCUGCGGUAAGAAUGCAGCGCGUAUUCUCGCGCACAUGACCACUGCCGACGUUGCGCGCGACAUGGACUUGAUGAGGAAGGCGGAGAAGCAGGAGUACCUCCACUACUGGGGAUUCAGCUACGGCACCAUUCUUGGGCAGACCUACGCCAACAUGUUCCCCCACAACAUUGGACAAUUCAUCAUCGACGGCGUGGCCAGCGCGCUUUCCUGGGCCGAGGGCCACGAUUUCGGAUUCAUACCCAACACCACCAACGCGGAAUGGGUCACCCACUUGUACGAAGUCUACGACAAGUUCGCUGCCUCCUGCGAAGCCGCCGGCCCCUCCCGCUGCGCACUUGCUCGGGACUCCGAGAAACACAGCGUCAGCAAACGUCUCAAGAACCUCCGCGCCAACCUGAAACUCCACCCCCUGAUCACCACCGACGCAGAAGUCGCCGGCGUCGUAACCCACGAAACCUUCGACGCCGCCUCCUUCCGUCUCGUCUACAUCCCGCACGCAUGGCCCAAAUACGCCCUCGCUUUCGCAGCCGCCGAAAAGGGCAACGGAACCCUGUUGCAAAACCUCGUCGUCAAAAAACCCGAGGAACUCUGCCCCCGCUUCGACUCCCCCGAUAUCGAAUCAACACUCGGCGUCUACUGCUCCGACGCCACGCCGAAACCCGCUAACCUCACCUACGUCCGCGAACAGGCCGAGGUCGCCGUGCGCAAGUACCCUUUCGUCGGGCAGAUGAUGGCCGGCGUCAUCAACGCGUGUGCAGUCUGGCCUAAAGUCGGUGAGAGCCGCUACACGGGCCCGUGGACCGCGAAAACGAACAACAAGAUCCUGAUCCUGGGCAACACGUUUGACCCCGUCACGCCGAUCGAGUCUGCGGAAUUGGCGGCGUCGUUGUUGCCCAACUCGGUGUUGGUGAGACAUCAUGGGUAUGGACACUGUUCGAAUGCGCAGCCCUCCAAAUGCACGAAUGAGGUUAUCAGGAGGUAUUUGGUCGAUAAGAAGGCGCCGAAGGAGGCUGUGACGGAGUGUUAUGCGGAUUUGGAGCCCUUUAUGGAGGGUGAGGUCAAUGCGCUUUCUCUGGAUGCUGGGGAGGCCCGGGAGAGCGUUGCGGACGUGCUGGCCGAUGCUUGGAAGCCUUUCUUCUAGGCCGACAUGCAGCUUUCGACAAGUUUGUUUCAUGUGAUUUGCAGCAUCGUAGUGUAGAUACCCUAGGAUUUUCUGUUACUUCUGUUACUCGCUCGGUUGCUUUUUUCCACUUGGCGCUUUGCAGACACUUUUCAUGGACGUAGGGAGGGAUUUUUUCGAUUAUGCCUUCAUGUAGAGUAGCAGUAGCCUUAAAUAAUGGUGACUAUUGAAUACCAUUCCGUGCAUUGAAAUGCGCGACCUGCAAGUUGACGCAAAUCGCCCAACUUGAGCAUCCCAUCUCCUCAAAUCAACAACCCCCACCAACCCAACCAUGUGCAAAAAAGUCACCUGCACCAAGUGUGGCAAGGAAACCUGGGCCGGCUGGUAAGUCCCUCUCCCUCCCUACCUAUCUUACUACCACCAUG